UCUCUCUCUCGGUCUCUACCUCCAGGUUUGUGCGUCAGUAUCCGUUUGCCCUGCAUGCCCUGUGGUCCCUACUGAGUGGUCGAACCCUGGUGGUCCUGGGAUCUGAGGAGGGGAGGGUCAGGAGGCUGGUGUCCGCUCUGGCCCUCUACGUGCCUGGACCCGGGCGCUGUGGGGAGAGGGUCCAGCCCUGGCUCUCCUGCCCCUUCAGCCUCACUGACCUACAGCGAUGGAAACUCAUAGGACUGCAGAGGAUGGCGUCUCCCGUGGGGACCAGCAUGCUCUGCUCUCUGUCUCGCUACAGCCGUUACAUCUCCGUCCUGGACGCCGACCGGAAGACCCUCCGUUGCCCCGGCUACCGCGGAACCCUCCUGGCCAACGUGGCGGACCACCGAACCCGUCUGCGUCGAGGUUCCACCUACUUCCUUCAUCUCCAGAACGUGCUCAGUAGACUGGCUUCCCGGGCCUUCCUCCUUAGCUUUACGCAUCACCUCCACCUUCCCAUCAGCCACCUGGAGCAGAGACAGGAAGUGGAGGAGAGGACGAGGGGCUUCCUGAGGGAUCAGCUCAGGCUUGGGGAAGACGACUGUUCCAUCCUGAUGUACCUGAGUCAGCUGAUCACACAGCACUACCUGGACAGUACCCCAGGAGGAGCUGUUACUACACAACCCCACCUGGAGAAGGACAACACGCCUGGAACCAACCAGCAGCACCUGGACAGUACCUCAGGAGGCGCUGUUACGACACAACCCCACCUGGAGAAGGACAACACGCCUGGAACCACACAGCAGGACCUGGAAGCUAACAACAUACUAGACCCUGCCACUGGGGGUGCUAUAACCCCAGAGCAGUACCUAGACCCUACCACUGGGGGCACUAUAAACCCAGAGCAGUACCUAGACCCUACCACUGGGGGCACUAUAAAACCAGAGCAGUACCUAGACCCUACCACUGGGGGCACUAUAAAACCAGAGCAGUACCUAGACCCUACCACUGGGGGCGCUAUAAACCCAGAGCAGUACCUAGACCCUACCACUGGGGGUGCUAUAACCCCAGAGCAGUACCUAGACCCUACCACUGGGGUGCUAUAACCCCAGAGCAGUACCUAGACCCUACCACUGGGGGUGCUAUAACCCCAGAGCAGUACCUAGACCCUACCACUGGGGGUGCUAUAACCCCAGAGCAGUACCUAGAACCU